AUGUGUGCUUCUGAAGUUAUAAAACAUACUCGAACUGUAGUUGCUCUUCACCAAGAAAAUCAUUUAAUCAACACUUUUGAACAAUUUUUUGAUCAUGAAUUCAAAGUCUUUGCAGUUCUUCAAGCUGCAAUAGGAAGUUUUGGUUUAUCAACAAUUCAAAAUUCAGACAAAAUUAUUGUUAUUGAUAAAGGUCAAAUGAAAGAAGAAGGAACACAUAAUGAACUAUUGAAAUUAAAUGGAAUCUAUUCAAAGAUGGUUAAUUCUCAGAACAAAUCAACUUAG